AGGAAAAAACCAGCCCUACCAGAGUUGCGUGGAGUAAACUAGAAGUAGAACCACCCAACCCGUCUGCUGCUCCAGGGAAAAUAUCUGCUGCACCGCCGAGACCCAUCCAUCCCCAUCCCCAUCCCCAUCGAUCUGGCUGCACCGCGACGACUGUGCUGCUCCGCCGAGACCUGCUCCAUCCCCAGCUGCAUCUAUUUGGGCACGUCGGCGGCAGUGCGGACGGCGACGUCUUUCAUAGCACAGCAAGAUGUCCACCAAUGGCGUCGAGCUCGAUGGGGUGUGUGCUCCGCCCGCGGCAUGGAACAGCUGCGCCUAUCCAGUUGAGUCGCAGGAUUCGAUGAGCGUCCCAACCAUGGCGUUUGGCACCGGCGGCGACGCACAGCUAGUCAGGGAUGCAGCUAGGGCCGAGGUGUGUUCUGAAGCAACAAGUGGUUGGACACGCAGGGUGAGGAUCGGAAAAGCCCCGGAGGAAAGGGAGAUGAACCCAAAUAGGAAAUCAGCUCUUGAAUUGUCUCUGCGCGCUUAUGCUGAUAAGAAGGAUGGCCCUGUUCUCUGUCCAAGUAUUGGAACAAGCUUUGACUCUAUUGACGAGGCUUAUGAGUUCUACAAUCUUUAUUCAUGGGAAUGUGGUUUUGGAGUUAGGCUCGCGAAAAGUAGACUGAAUGUAGAGAGGAAGAGAUGCAUGCAAGAGAUCGUGUGUGCUUGUGCGGGCAAACCAAUCAGGGAAAACAGCCGCUCGUCCAGGUGUGGCUGCAACGCCAUGAUAAGACUGUUGCGGUCAAAUGACAAAGGGUGGUAUAUUGCAGAACACAAAGAUGCCCAUAAUCACCCGCUGUCUUUGACGUGUGGGCAGAAGCUGCACUGGAAGUCUCAUAGACAUAUAGAUAGAUACACCAAGGAUCUAGUUAAACAGUUGAGAGACAAUAAUGUGGGGCUUGGAAAGGUGUUCAGUAUCGUUGGUAGUUUUUUCGGUUCAGUAGAUAAUGUGCCAUUUACGAAGAGGUCGUUGAAGACACUCUGUAGGAAACUAAACAGAGAGCAGUCUGACAUGGAUGCAGUGAAGAGAGCAGUCUGACAUGGAUGCAGUGAAGACGAUGGAGAUUCUGUCUGAGAUGAAGGCUAAUGAUCCUGAUUUCAAUUACACAGUGCAAGAUAAUGUAGCAGUCAACACAGGGAUCAGCUAUGUGAAGGCGCUUGCACUGAUCGUGCUGCUUGCAGCAGUGUCAAUCUACGUAGGGAAAUGAACUUGUAGCUGGCAUGUGAGCUAGAUCUCAAGGGUGUAACUGAAAAAGCUCUGAUGUACUAGUUAAUGUCUAAGAAUUUGCAUGCUAGGAUCACUCGGUGAUCGUCGUAGUA